CUUGGUUUCCACGCAUCGACAGUUUUGUGGAUACUGCCACCGAGUUCCGUGCUGUGAUUGAUAUAUUAAGUGUGUUUCAAACAAUUUAGUAUAAAAAACUAGAUUUUAGACUGGCUGAGGAAGAUGGCGGUGGUGUGGCGAGACAUAUGCUGUGGUGUGCAGUGCUUGCGCGCUAGAUGUUUCUUCAUCGGUUAUUUAAAUUUGAUUGCCAGUACAGUGGAUUUAGGCUGCCAUCUCAUCAUAUUAUCAGCGGUAACAAAUUUCUUCUCGUGCGAUGUGGAUUUAAAUAUUCUCCACAAUAUAAACUGGACAUGGCUGGAGCCCUUCCUAGUCGUCAUCAACAUCGGGACCCACGGCUUCUACCCCUUCCCCCUAGUCCUUGGCUACUACGACAGUCUGGGGGUGCGGGGCACUCCUCGCUGCUACCCUGGCAUGGUGCAUCUGUAUAUAAUAGACCUGAUCAACAUAGUCAUCCAUGUUGUGUGGCUGAAGCUUGUGGUGUCCUACAUCAAGGCGCUAUAUAAGAAAGACGCAGACACCAUGCGGAUGUUCUUCAGUUUAUCGGUCAUCAAAAUUAUUCUCCAGCUCAUGUACUUCGCGUACACGCCGCUCCAUAUCAGCCUGUAUUCCGACACCCUGUAUAAUUCUUACUGGGUACUCAAGAUCCUCGACAUCUGUGUAGCCAUCACGUUCCUGCUGACGAUGAACAGCUACAUCAAGGCCGUGCACGCAGAGAAGGCGCCGGCGCUGGCGCAGCCCGACCAACCGCCAUCUUACGACGAGUGCGCCGCGGUGGCAAGGGAGGAGAAAACUGAAAAUAUACCUUAAAUUACCGAUUUCUAGCGAUGUAAACAUAAUUAAAGAUUCAUACAUUCAUUUUAAACAUCAUUCAUUCAUUUUCGUUUUUCAUUUUCAGUUUUUCAUUUUCAAUUUUUAUUUACAUUUUCAUACAAACCUAGUGUCGGAUUGAGCUAACCAUGCAUCGCAUUUGUAAAGACAAAGUGUGGUAAUGUCAUCAUUAAUGUCUAAUUGCUAUUAAAUGUGACGUUUUUAAUGACACUCCAUCAUUAAAUUCUGUUCAAUUAGGUUAACCUUAGACGUUGGUGUGACUUUUAAGAUUGAUUUUGAAACUGGAAUCUGAAUACUAGAGUCAGACCAAGAAAAGUCUGCAGUGGAUUUGAUAGCCCACGCAGCGCAAGUGUUAUUUAUACGUCAUAAUUUCAUAGAAGUUUCACGUAUAAAAUAACACUUGCACUGCGUGGGCUAUUAAAUCCGCUGCAGACUUUUCUUGGUCCGACUCUAGUAUAUUACUGUCAGCAUCAAUGUGGCAUUCUCUAAUAACUUAACAAAUAAAUAUAAUGUCUCUAUAUUUAAAGCAAAUACACUAUUUCAGAGAGCCUACCGCGAACCGCGUUCGACGUGUUGCCGCUGUCACACUUACGUACGAAUUUACAAGUGCGACAGAGAGGCAACACGUCGAACGUGGUUCGUGGUAGGCCCUCAGAUACGUUUGAUCUCGAACUUUAACGAUAUAAUAUCAAAUGGACCCGUUUGGACCGUUUCAUCCUAGCUUAGCUUUCAAUAAGCAACAACAAUAUAAACCAAAAAUACAUAAAUAUAAUUAAAAUGUGCAGGUACUCAAAAAGUGUGAGCAGAAUAAAACUGGAAAAGAGAGGAGAGGUGUUUCCUAUAAAAGAAGGGGUAACGCAAGGAGAUCCACUCUCACCAACUCUGUUUAUAGCAGUCCUUCAAGACAUCUUCCAGAGCAUAAAUUGGACAAAUAGAGGGGUGAGGAUACGCAUACACAUAUACGAUUCGCUGAUAUUGAUGCCGACUGUAUAAUCCGAUCUAUCUGUAUAUAUCUGUAUAUAUCUGUCUGGAAUAUAUCUGUAUAAUCCGAUCUGUUAUAAAAAUUCUAUUGUUUGUAGGUAAGCUUGAGAAUUAUAAUAACUUAUUUUAUUUUUGUUCCUGAAUCAUUAUUCAGUAUAAUCUAUGUAUUUUGUAAAUUAAAUUGAUUAUAUAUUAAAAAUUAUUAGAAACAAAAUAA